AUGAAGUUUCAUUGCUUCACCUUGAAAAGGAAAAUUUCACUUUUUUCUGAAAACGCACAAAAUAAAAAAAUUUGUAUUGCACUAUGCAAACAUUUCAUGAAAUUUUUGUUAAACAGCCUUUUAAGGAAAAUGCCGAAAAAUGUAUCCAAAGAAACGGCAAAAAACGUAAUUGAAAAUAUUCCCAGCUAUAUAAAAAAAAAGGAUGAAUAUUUUUUAAUAAAUCUGCGUGUCAAGCCUAAUUCUAAGAACACAUCCAUAUAUUUUAACUCAGACAAAGAAGUGCUGAACAUUAACAUACAAGAGCAACCAAUAAACAACCAAUCCAAUGUUGCCAUCAUAGAAUAUUUUUCAGACAUUCUGCACGUGAAAAAAAGAGACAUAUCUAUCGUUUCCGGAUUAAAAUCAAGGGACAAAGUUUUAAUGGUUUCAAAUAUAUCCUUGGAUGAUUUAAAUAGCAAUAUUAUUGAAAAUGUCGAAUAA